GGCCAACACAAAAAGUAAACACACGGCGAGGAGGGACAAGCUAGUGGCGACAGGGAUGAGACAACAGGAAGCAGCUUGACGACUGUCCCCGUCCCCCGGAGACACAGAGACAGACUCGUCCCCCUUUUGGAAGACAUCUAACGACAACACAGGGAGGACACGGUGGGUCAGUUAGGUAAGAUGGAGACGCUUUGCUUCCGGUUGCCGGGUCACGGGGACAAGACCCUGAAGCACAUGAACUCCCUGAGGUUCCGCCAGCAAUUCUGUGACAUCACCAUUGUGGCCAGCAACAACCAGACCUUCAAAGGACACAAGGUGGUGCUUGCUGCCUGCUCGCCUUUCCUGAGGGACCAGUUCCUCCUCAACCCGUCCCCGAGGCUUCAGGUGUCGAUGCUGUAUAGCGCUCGGGUUGUGUGUGAUCUGCUCCAGUCCUGCUACACUGGCACACUGCAGUUCAACCCAGAGGAGAUCGUGAACUACCUGACGGCUGCCAGCUAUCUGCAGAUGGAGCAUAUUGUGGAGCACUGCCGAGGGGCUCUGAAGAAGUACAUCCAGUUAAAGAACCCCAGUCCACCAAGGGCGACUGCAGAGGAGAGUCUGUCUCAACCAGUGAUCGUCAGUGGCAGCAUUUAUACUAUGUCAUCCCCCCCCACCAGCCGUCCCUCCCCCGUGGACCCACACAGUCCAGCAGGACGGUCGAUGGAGGACAACAGCGGUGACAGGUCCGCUCAGGGCAGCAGUCAACACCGCGAAGACAGCCCUGUUCUGGAUGACCCGUGUAUUAAGGUUAAUGGAUCAGACGAGGAGGAGGAGGCCAGACCCGGGGACUUUGAUAUGUUCAGAGUGUAUAUCUCCGAAGAGGAGCAGAUGAACAGAAACAGGGAGGAGGAGACGGGAGCUCCCUCCGAUGGAACUCAAGAUGCUUGUUUCCCAGAGACAGAUGGUGGCGUGAUCGGAGGAGAAGGCAGUGAAUACGAAUUGGAUCAUACCAAAGUGGAUCUCAGCACUGGGGGCCUUUCGAUGGAGGGUCUCCGUGCUUUCAGACGCAGACUGGCCGACCCUAAAAAUGGACGAGGCAGAGGGGGUGGCAGAGGGAGGGGUUUAAAGAGGAGAAAGUGGGCGUCGUCUCAAGAGAAAAGACCUCUGGGCAUGGCUCACCAACAGGAUCUGUGGUACCUGGCCACGGCUGGACUCGAAGGGGGCAUGGGGCUGGACUACAACCAGGAAGGGCUGAAGACAGGAGGUUACUUACCAGUCGACCUCCCACAGUUAGACUUCAGUGUGGGCGACACUCAGGGAGAAAAGGUUUCACCACUGGCCGGCAGCAGUUUGAACCAGUAUUCUCUGGAGGAGUCGAGCAGUGGCGCCGGUGAGGGGAGUUCAGGGCUGACGAAUGAAGGAGGGGACGAGUCCGUGGCAGUUGUGGGGUCCACGUCCAGCGUGUCAGGGCCUGUGAUCUGUGAGCACUGCGGCAUGACCUUCCCCUCCGCUCACUCCCUUGCCGUCCACUCCCGCUCCACGCACCUGCUGUACGUCUGCCCCUGCUGCGGCAAACACUUCCACCACUCGGCCAACUUCACCCGGCACAUGGCCGUGCACCGGGGCGCCGGCAAAACCCACCAGUGCCCCCUGUGUUACAAGACUUUCACUCAGAAAUCCACACUCAUAGAUCACAUGAACCUCCACAGUGGCGAGCGCCCACACCACUGCGCCUACUGCCACGCCCGCUUCGCUCACAAGCCCGCUCUGCGGCGCCACCUGAAGGAGCAACACGGAAAAACCACCGGGCAGAACUCCCUGUAUGAGCAGGAGGAGAUCGAGAGGGAGAGAGGUGCGGCUGGGAGAAUACGGGAGGAGGAACAAGAAUGUCUGGUGACUGAACAGGCGUCAUAGGCCAAAUUUUUUAAACACAGUAAAUUGUCUCAACUAAGGUGCUGUCCAGUGGAGAAAUCACUGACUCUGAGGCCUUUUAAAAUCACAGACUGUGACAAUGAAAGAACCUAUUACAUGAAAUGUUUAAGGUGAUAGACGUGGGUUUACACCGAGCCAAAGCAGAGCAGGAUCAUUAUUGUAGGAAAAGUACAGGUGGUAUGAGAGUAGUAGCGGCUCUGAGUCAACAUGAACUGUAAAAUGAGCCUGAAACUGAAAAGAGAAAUGGAAUCCAGCUGCUCUCAGUUUCAUUAAACUGCGUUUCCUUCUGUGACAUUUCAUAGUGUGCCCACUCAUUUUAAUCUUUGUAAGAAUAGAUAAAUUCAGAAUAUGAUCUUAAACUUGAAUCUCAGUUGAACAUUAGUGUUUGUGAACAACAGUGUUUGUGGGCACUGAUGUAUCUACACUGUUAGAGGAGUGUAGAUACAUUAAUUCACAUAUCUCUUCUUCGUUAGAUGUUGAUAUUACUCACAUGUAUAAUUUCCUGGCAUGGCCCAGUGCACAUGAAAGCAGCUACACAGCCACAGUCCUCCCACACGUGUUUCCACUUAAAGAUGCCUGAUUAGACAUCUUAUCAAAACUGUGACUGUGGUCGACAGACUUUGUCGUUUGUGCCUGAGGGGGGGGCAGGACGGUUAACACCAUCGUUAUUUCUACAAUGUCAAACAGUAUCUCAUGUGCUUUUCUUAGAUGAUGUUGGAAAAAAAUACAGUCAUGAACCGUCUGAUGGUUUCAUUUGGAGUAUAUUUUAUAUGCUCGUAGGUUCUAUGGAUUUUAGUCUGGUAAGCACAGGACCAUAUAGCUGUCAGUUAAAGCCAUAUACACGUACCUGCUCCCCCCCAUGGCAGUUUACACUUUCAUAUCCACAUGUCAAAAGGAACAGACCAGUCUAAUUUUCUGUGGUUAUUUGAUUUUUUUAGUAGUGACCCCGACAACUUAAAAAGCUAAAUGUUUCCUUUGGGACAUAACUUGUUAGAAGGUUAAUGUCUCAUGUUGUGCCUGUUUCCAUCAAAAACAAUGAAAAUGCUGUGAUUGUUUUUUGUUUUCUUAGCAACUGUUGACAGCCACAAGAUCUGUAUACAGUCAAUCAGACUGAGCCCAACUCUUGUUUUAAACUUGCCUUAAAAAAAGAAAAUCACUGGGACGAACUGUGCGUUUUUUAUUUUUUAUUGUGUAUUUACACAUAACCUGUAUUUAUCUGCAGCUCCUUCCUACAAUUAACACUGUACUCUACCAUGCUGCCUAUGGUUAUUGUAAUUUACAGUAGCCGUAAAUAUCUGGACGCUUGUUUGUGCAUUAGAGGUUUUGAAAACAAUGUAUUAGGAAUUGAUGUUGGAUAUAUUUCCCACUUUGACUGUUUUUUUUGAUAAUGAAUGGAAUUCUCAUUUCGGUAUCGGUGUAUGGAUACUAUUUAUUUUGCUCCAUAUCAAUAUCUUGGGUUUUAAGACCAAAGCUGUCACAAACCGCAUUACAUACAAAUCAUGUGAAAUACACUUUUAUUCUCCAACAGGCUACAGGCGAUUUGUAUUUUCCCGACAACUAGCACCAUAAACAACUCAGAAACAGUUUGUUAAAAGAAACUUGCCAAAAUACAAAAACAAAUCUUUUCUCUUCUUCAUCAGAGGAAAUCCUCACUGUACACGACUUGGUUCCUCUUGUCCCUGUAGGAGCCCUUUGUGCUGUUCUGCACAGCUGUGAAAGGAGAGAGCAGUGGUGAAGUUAGUUCAGGCUGUGCAGUCUGAUCGAUGUCCAAACAAACAAUAACAGUGUGGCUCUUACCCAGCGAAGCCCACACGGAUUUGCCGGUGGCAGCGUCCAGCAUGGGCUGCUUCCUGGCGAUGCUGACUUUGAUGUGAACGUCUCCAACCGUGCUUCCGUUCAACUGUGAGAUGAAAACAGGGAGGUUGAUUUCAUAUACAGUCGAGAUGAGCUGAGCUUCCUCAAAACUACAGUAAAACUAAAUCAAUAUUAUUAUAAAUGGACUUCAUGAAUGCUUAUAAAUUCAAUGGAAAAAAUGACUUGGGCAUGAAAGUUCAUUCUAAACUGGGACUAUUAAAAAAAUAUUUUUGGUGUAAAAUAUACAUUUAAUAAUAUUAAUGUGAAUGUAAAUUUAGUGUCCUUGGGUAUUUAAUGUAUAAUUACUAAUUACUCACUUUAAUUUUAACAUAAUAUAUAACUUAAAAUAUAUAAUGUACAUAUAAUAAAAUAAAAACUAAAUCAUAAAUUCUACUGUUUGGUGCGUAAAAGUAUCACAGAAACUAAUAUGAUAUACAUUAAUGACUGAAUUCAGACCAUAUGAAAAAAAAUGAGGUGUUGCAUAUUCUCUGAACAAAACCAGCAAAAAGCACUGAUAUAAAUUAAACUAAGAAAGAUUCACAGCAAAAGGUUAAUGUAACAGAUUGAGAACCUAAAAAUAUCUGCUCAUUUAAGUUCUGUACUGUACUGAGCUGUGUCUGAAGGUUUUAUGACAUGAAAUGAGGUUAUAUUGAAAUGCUUAAUGCAGUGUCUCACUUUUAUACAUUUAUUUCCACUGUUUCAUUUUUUUUUUAAAUCUGAAUCUGUCUGAACGGAUUCAGAUUUUGGUUGUUGCUUUGUUUUAGAAAAUUAAACAUUGUUUAUAGA